CGGAGACGUUGUCUCCCCUCAUUUGUCGCCUUGUGUGCCAUCUCCACAGACUACACCCUGUGGUGGUCAAAGUGUCAAUCGAUCUCCAUGUGCUGCGCAGGGGUUGUUGGGUGGCGCACAGUGGUGCUGGGGGAGGUGCGGUUGGGGAAAAGGCGCCGUGCUGACAUUUCGCCUUCGACAGGCGGCAUCGAUGGGCCGGGGAUGACACACCGUUCACCUUUCCCGGGUUUGUUGGGGGCAUCUCCUCCUGGUGUGCCCGCCGUUCGUAAUGUUGUCAUGCAUGGAGGUGUGCAUGCUGCUCCGUUGUUGCCGUCCCCGCUCCUGCCCAGACGGUUGGACUACACGGCCACGAUUCCUCUCGCACCUGUUUGGACACAUGCGGUAGCCCCCACAUGUCCUACUAGAUGCGCUCCUGUUCUUGCACAUCGCAGCGACGCAUGCCCUGCGCAGCCAUCCUGCUCAACAGUCGGCAGCGCAGCGGCCAGUCCGGUCUCCGUGCCGCCCCAGUCUGCCUCGGAUGCUCAUGACCCGACACCUCCACAUGAUGGUGAAGAUAAAGGUGUUGCAGUCGGCGGCACGCCGUCUUCGGCCUCCGGCAAGAUAGUGCGAGUCAGUGUCAGGGAUGGGUGUCGCAGGCGGUUGUACGCACUGUGCAAUGCUAUGGCCGGUGUGGGUGACCACCGCGGACCAGUCAGCGACGUUGUGGACCGGCUACUUCACUGGUCGUUGCCUGCCAUACGAGCGGAGUUUGGUGUCGGCGUGGCUGCUGCGAUCUCCUCAACGUUGCCAUCCCGAGUUUGCAGACCCGAUUUUCGGCUGCAUUAUGUCCCGGGCGAUUCAGGUGCCGAUGGUGCUGACGGGGGUGACGAGGGUUCAUGGAGCGGUGCGUUCGGGGGUUCGCAGGACGGAUCGCAGAGCUCUUUCCCGCCCUCGUGUCGUGCAUCGCAACGUAGCAAGAGAGGGCGCGGUCGACCCCGCAGUGCAGGUCGCUCCUCAUCGGCGCAUUCACGACCGCAGACGUGGUCGGACUAUUGGGAAGAUGUCGACCAGUGUGGUCCCGGUCCUGAACGCGAGUUUGUUGAGGAGGAUAUGACACUAUGGACUGGAUCGAAAGCGCCGGAUGUUGUGUUCAUUGAACUAGUCAAGCUGCUUCAGUUGUUGGCCUUGUUUCAUUUGUAUUGCCCUUGGCACAGUGGUGCGUGUCGUGUGCACGUGGAGUCGAUCUCCUAUCCUGCGCUGUUGUGUCGGCUAAUUCUUGUGUGCGGUCGCAAAUGCAAAUGGACGUGGCACACGGCAAUUGUGCCCACCAAUGUGUAUCGGUCUCGAUUGCAGGAGCAGUUGUAUCAUGCGACGGUGACCACAGGACUGCCCUACACACUUAUCGACACCUUCUGUGUCGCAUUGGGGUUGUGCUCGGUGCACAAGCCCACGUUUUACAAGUUCAUGCGCACAGAGUCGGGGGAGUCAUUGGGAUGGAAUGAUAAGGUCGUACGGCAAGCCCUGAGAUGCUGCAAGCUUGCCAUUGAUACUGUGAUGCGCCGUGUCGAGCUUGUUACAUUGAUGGUGGACGGUCGCUACGACUCCGCUAGAGGCGCGCAACAUUGCACAGUCACCGCCAUUGAGUACGAGACUCGGCUUGUUGUCGGUGUGCACACUCUCCGUCCGAAGACCGAAGGCAAGGCGUCGAAUGCGCUUAAGGUGCCAGCCGUCGUGCGACUGCUGCGAGGGCUGAUGGAUCACGGUUUGAAGAUUUGGUGCGUCGUAUCAGAUGAUUGUGCUUCCCUGGGACCGAAGUUACGAGCUAUGAACAUCGAGUGGCAGAAGGAUUGCCACCACAAAAUAAAAAAUAUUCGCAAGCAUUUCUGGAGUAUGCUGCAGCUCAAGGAAGCGAAGAAAGUCAGUAACCCGCACGAGUGCGUGUCGGAGUCGCAGUUCAUGCAGUUCAUGAAGAAAGAGUUGGUGGAGGCCUUGCGUGCACGUUUUGGACCCGGUGUCCUCACGUCCCAGGAAGACAGGUUGAAGAAAUCGGACUUCGUCAGUGUUGUUAUGCAGAAAAUGUACCCCUAUGGGUCAAGGGCAAACGACCAACGUUUGACUUUUGAUCCUGACGACGUGACAGAGUUCCAUGCGCACGAGGUUGGGAUGUGGUUCCUCCGCGCUUGUCAGCUGUGCAAGGAGGAGGGUGGAGACGCUGACAGUUUGCACCACGACAUCAUGCUGAUCGUCGAUCAUUGGGCUGGUGAUCAUUCGAGGUGUGUUGGUGGUAGGGAGGUCCUGUGCGAGAAGGCCGGUGGCCCUGCACGAUUGCCUUUGUGUUCUUGCUCUGACAGGGUGUACGAGCUCAUUUUGCAUUGUCGUGCGCAUCGGUCCCGCACGGGGACCCUCCCGGCCUCGUCACGCAGGAUUAUGCAGGACUUUGUCGCAGAGCGUUUUAGCCGUUCCGGCCGAGUGCGCCAGCCGUACCUCUCGCGAGCCCCUACGACAGGACAGGGUUACGCAAGGCACCACUUACCUCCAUCUACGGGAGCUGUCACCAUCCCUUAGGUGGGCGUAUCCCCGCCGAGCUAUGGAACCACAUGCGAAAGUUUUUCGUAUGCAAUUACAGAGGUGGCCCAGCCG